AUGUCGCUGGACCUCGUCGAGCUCGAGGAGAACUUGCGGCCGGCGCGCGUGGGCGGCUGGAAGGGAGACGAGUGCCGGAACCGGCCCCGAGGGCUCUCGGAACCUCCCUAUCAGGCGCGCGAAGCAGAAGACAAGGCCGAGCUCGAGGCGGCGGCCUGGUGUGGGUCGGAGGAGCUGCGCACGCUGCACUUGCAGCCAGUUGGGCAGGGCGCGGCGCAGGGCGCUGGGCGGGCUCGGAGCCUCUCGAGCCCUUACAACACAGGGGGGUCGGUCUCCCGAGAGGCCUCCCCCGAGGACGAGAAGGGGCCCGGCGUGCCGUGGGCCCUCCAGCUGCCGCCGUCGCCCGAGUCUGACCAGACUCGGCGCCGCAGCCGCGGCUACUCGGAAGGCGCCAGGGUGUUGCGCGAUUUGUGGAACCGCAACGUCGAGUGCUACCAGUUUCCGGUGCCGCCGGAGCCGAAGGUGCCGCGCGGGUACUUGGUGUUUGCGGAGCAGAACGGCGGCUGUUUUGAGCUGCGGUGGAGCGGCGCGCUUGCUGCUUUCACCCCAAGCCAGCCGGUGCCCACUUUCAAGCUGACGAACAACGGCGGCCGGUCGGAGCUCUGCCGGGCGGUCGGCGGCCCGAACGUGAAGAAGUUCUACCGCGGCUGGCUGCAGUACAUCAAGCUUGCGGCGCAGAGCGGCGCGCGGCUCGCGAUCCACUCCAAUGUCGCCAAGCAGCCCGUCGCGAUCUACGUGAUGCUCAGGGGCGACUCCACCAUCGUGCCGCUCAAGGUGGGGGGGGAGGCGGUGCCGCUCGGUGGCGUCUUUGCUGUGGCCGUCGUUGGUGCGCGGAACGACGGCCUCCGCGGCGUGCGCCAGCUCGAGCCGCAGGUCUUUUUGUCGAUCGGGGACAAGAUCGGCGCAUCGAUGCCGCUCGGUGAGAGGUAGGUAGAGUCCAUCCACGUCGAGUACUAUGCGUGGGGCGGCGAGAGCGGGUGCAUGGGGCGCGCGCGGCGCGGCGAUCAGCAUCGUGGCCAGCCUUCGUCGCGAGCGGUUCGCCGGCCGGAGAUGCGUCUUGAUAAUGGGAGAUGACUCGCUGAUCCGGAGAGGCAUCCUCUCUAGUCUCUGGAGGGGAGAAUUGGUUGAGAGAUUUGGUCGUGGGUGGCCGCGCGUCGGUAAAGGACGACGCGCGGACGUGUUUUGUACGGGCUACGGCAUUCCUUGUAUCUCUCUUACUCUUGGU